UCGAGAUCAAAGAUGGAAACAGAAACUUCUUCAACGGUGAUCAACAAUUAAAUGAAGAAGAAAUGGGAGAUCACAUUAAGAAUUCUGCAACAGCGUCUAUGGAUAAUGAUUUGUCUGAAAUUGAGAUCGAAAAAAGAGAGAUUAUUGUGGAAGAAGACACAAGCAAUUCGAAUUCAUCGAUCAAAAACGAAGCACAUGGAACAGAGACUCCAGACCGAGGUCAUGAUUUUUCUGAUGCGAAUGAAGCCAUUAAUCUGAAUGGAGAUUCGCAACUUAUCCGACCUCACUCGCAUCUUCCUCAGCCAGAACGUCCACCAGGGAUGAUGAAAUCCUUAACGAGCCGUGAUGAGCUUAAUCAAAUUCAGAGAUCACAGUCCCUGUCGGAGAACUUCUCCAAAUACCUUCGCGAUCGGAGCAACAAUUUCUCAUCAGCAAUUUUAAAUCGCUUCUCGUCUAUCAAAGAUACAGAUAAUCGAAAACCUUACGACAAUGAUUCCUCUGUGACUGAAAUCCAUCUUUCAGGACUCAAGGUGAUUGUCCAGAUGAAAAACGAAGAGAACAAAGAAAUCAGCUUUAAAGGUAGAAUCAGCUUCUUCUCCAGAUCGAAUUGCAGAGAUUGUACAGCAGUUCGAUCGUUCUUCAGAGAGGAAGGAUUGAAAUUCGUUGAGAUCAACAUCGAUGUUUUCCCAACCAGAGAGAAGGAAUUGAUCGAGAGAACCGGAAGCUCUACUGUGCCUCAGAUUUUCUUCAAUGAGAAGCUUAUUGGGGGUUUGGUGGUUUUGAAUUCGCUAAGGAACGGUGGAGAGUUCGACCACAGAUUGAAGGAGGUGAUGGUGAAGAGGUGCCCUGACGAUGCACCACAACCGCCGGUGUAUGGGUUUGAUGAUCCAGAUGAGGAACGGACGGACGAGAUGAUCUCGACAGUUAGGGUUUUGAGGCAAAGGUUGCCGAUUCAGGACCGGUUGAUGAAGAUGAAACUCGUGAAGAACUGUUUCUCUGGGAGCGAGAUGGUCGGGAUGAUUGUGCUGCAACUCGAUUGCGGGAGGAAAAAGGCCGUUGAAAUAGGGAAAGAGCUGGCAAGAAGGCACUUCAUCCAUCACGUAUUCGGGGAAAACGAUUUUGAAGAUGGUAACCAUUUCUACCGUUUCCUAGAACACGAACCUUUCAUUCCAAAAUGCUUCAAUUUCAGAGGAUCCACAAAUGACAGCGAACCAAAGCCUGCAGCAGUUGUGAGUCAAAGGCUAACGAAGAUCAUGACCGCCAUUCUUGAGUCUUAUGCCUCCGAAGAUAGACGCCAUGUUGAUUACUUGGGUAUCAGCAACAGUGAGGAAUUUCGAAGAUACGUAAAUCUCACGCAAGAUCUUCAACGUCUCAACCUCUUUAUGCUCUCAGAAGAAGAGAAGCUCGCCUUCUUCAUGAACCUACACAAUGCUAUGGCCAUCCAUGCUGUGAUUAGGGUUGGGUGUCCAGAAGGAAUUGUUGAUAGAAGAACCUUCUUCGCUAACUUCCAGUAUGUAAUUGGAGGCUACCCUUAUUCUCUUACAACCAUUAAGAAUGGUAUCCUCAGAAAUAAUCGAAGACCACCAUACAACUUGAUCAAACCCUUUGGAGCUGGAGAUAAGCGUUUAGAGGUGGCUCUCUCUAAGAUUAAUCCAUUGAUCCACUUUGGGCUUUGUAAUGGAACAAAAUCAAGCCCUACAGUUCGGUUUUUUACAGCCCAAGGGAUUGAAAUGGAACUAAGAAGUGCUGCGAGGGAUUUUUUCCAUGGGAAUGGGAUUGAGGUGGAUUUAGAUAAGAGGACGGUAAAAUUCUCCACUAUCAUGAAGUGGUUUAGUGCUGAUUUUGGGACAGAGAAAGAAAUCCUCAAGUGGAUCAUCAAUUACAUGGAUGCAACCAAAGCUGGUCUUCUAAUGCAUCUUUUAAGCGAUGGAGGCCCUAUCAAUUUUAUAUACCAAACCUAUGACUGGUCACUAAACAAUUGAUCGAUCAUCCAUGUAAUCCCAUGAUGGACACGUGGUAUAUAAAUUAAUUUACCAUAAAUGAAAAUGUUUAUAAAUGAG